AUGGAUAUAAGUGCAAAACUUUAUGAUUUCACUAAGCAGAAUGAACUAUUGAAGGAUUUACAAAUUAUUGGCUGUGUUAAUGAAACACUGGAAGAGAAGAAUGGAUUACAAUUGCUGUAUGAUAUUGCAGACGAAUACCCGAUUGUGAAAUCAAAUAAUAAUGAGCGAUAUUCGUUUAUUCUUUUCCAGCCUCCUAACUUCAGAAACUUAGAAUAUUUUUCAAUCAACCCAAUUCUUCUUCAGUCGACAGGAAAUGUUGAAGUUAACCCAAACGAUGAAAUAUAUCAAAAAAAACUCACAGAAUUUGAUCCAAUUACGCGUGAAAGCAAGCUGUUGUCAAUUUCCGAUGAUGAAGUUCUAGAUAAGAUUAAUCAAUCUUCACGAUACAAGAAUGCUAUUCAAGCCUGGAUCAAAAGAUCAAUGUCUACAAAUAUAAGCCCGUCAUUUUUACAGCGUAUAAGGUGUAAUGAAAAAGUUGAAACCAUCAGCAGGAUGAUCUUUCAAAUACUAAUAAGCAUUGUCUCUACUAUCCAAAUGUUGACCAUCUGGAUAAUUUGGAUACUAAACUAUGAAUUUAGGAAUAUUAAAUUAAUUGAUUGCUCGCAUGUAUUCAGACAACUAGAUCUUAGAUUGCAGCAAAUAAACUUCUUUCCUAUUCAAUUCCUAUGCUAUUAUGAUAAAAACAUCCUAUAUGGAGAUUCAGAAGUCCUUCAUAAAUUAAAGAUUCCAGUCUUUAAUUCUAACUUAAAUAUAAACAACUCGAACUACAUAAAUCUUUACAAUUCAAUAUGGUUGAUAUUCAACGACGUGUUACUAGGAAUUAGCACUUGGAAGAUAAUAAUUUCAAACUUUGAUAGUAUUAUAAUGUUCAUUAAUGAAACUAUAAUCAAAAAACUAUUAUUUAAUGACUUUUAUGACUUAAUAUUAUGGGUAUCGGUUAAUCAUCCUGCAGGGUUCAAGUUAAAUACUGAACUAGGUCAGUUUAUGGGUGACUUGUUCUUAUGGACAUUGAAGUUUUGGAAAUUUUUAGUUGCGGAUAUUUUAAUGAUAGACUCAGAUAACGUUGUAUUCCGUCCUAUUGAAUUAAAUUUCAGUUAUAUGCUUGGUUUUGUUGGCUCGUGGAACAAUAUAUCAGCAUUUCACAAGAUCUUGUCUCAGAUGCUCAAGAUUUAUGUAGGAAUAUUAUGCCAUCUUGGAUUCACCUUCUUCAUCGGAUGCAUUAUUGACUAUUUCCAGAUUAUCACAUUCCAUCUUUAUUGCUUCUAUUUUACGUCCACCAAGAUAUAUCAGAAGCAGAUACAGAUAAUUAAAUCAUUGUUCCAAUUAUUUUGCGGAAAGAAAUAUAACGUUUUACGUAACCGUAUCGAUAACUUGAAUAAUUAUACUUACGAGGGUCAGUUUUUUGACAUAGAUCAAUUACUAUUGGGGACUUUAUUGUUCAUGAUCUUAGUUUUAUUAUUGCCUACAGUAUUUGCAUUUUACUUAAUGUUCUUCUUAUCAAGAUUGGCAUGUAUCAUUGUUGUAAACUCCAUUGAAAACUUAUUAAUUAUUAUAAACUAUCUCCCAUUAUUUGUCAUUUUGUUGAAGUUGAAGAAUUCCAAUAGAUUACAAGGUGGUAUAACCUUCAACCAUUUGACAGUUUCAAAUAAGACGGACUACUUAUUAUUAUCUAACAAGUCCUUGACUUACAGUGAGAUCUUCAAGAACUUCGUUAAAUUGUUCAAGAAAUCGAAGAAUUUCAAGGAGUCAUUGAUUCAGUUUUUCGUACUAGGUGAACUAGUUUCCUUAAAGCAUAAUUAUAGGAUGAUAUUUAAUUAUUUAAUGCUACCUGAAAAUUACGAUAAGACAACUGAAAUUUGGAAGCCUAUUAUCACAUCUAAUAAGAAAUGA